AUUGACCAACUUAUAGUUGAGAAACAACUGCACAAUAUUAUCAAGAACAAUAGCAAGUAUUUGCAUGGUAACUUGGGAGUUUUGAAUAAUGGCAGACAUGCAAAUUGUUCCAGCUUGCAAGAAUGUGGAAGCACAAUAUGUGGAGAUGAUGGUGCCUCUGUAUUCUUAUGGGUGUGAGAAGAAAGUGAAGAAGACCUUAUCCCAUCUCAAAGGAAUAUACUCAGUAAACGUGGAUUAUUAUCAACAAAAGGUGACUGUGUGGGGAAUUUGUAACAAGUAUGAUGUGCUAGCAAACAUAAAGAGCAAGAGAAAAGAAGCUCGUUUUUGGAACCCAGAAGACAACAUUACAUCAGAAGAAUUAGAACCACCAUCUUUGGAUCCUUUAAGAGACUCCAAGCCUUAUUUGGCUUUUACUAUGGUCCGGUCUCUAAGCUGGAAAGCGUGGAAAAAGGUUUUCACUAGAUCCAAUUCCUUCUGAUGACUUCUUGUCAUUUGUAAAUAAGUACUACUUUUUCAAGCAUUUUGAUUUUUUUUGACUCUCUAAGUCCUUGUUCUAAACGGAACAUAGUGAUGGCUCUUUUUUCCUAAUCCUUCAAAUUUGAUCAGAA